AUGGUCUACACUGAACGUACCGACAAGUGCCUGAGCAGCAACACCAAGGACAGCAAAUCCUCGAAGGAUCAGGGCCAUUCCAAAACGAAUAGUGGCUCGGCAUCAGGAUCGGGAUCCUGGAGCAGUCAAGCCUCGAGUGCCGAAAAGUGGAAGUACAACAACAUGGUGAAAAACGAUCGCCAGCAGUUCAAUGGUAUGCAUUUCUCCUGAAACGGAGGGAUAAUACCUAUUGAAAUGCACCCAUAGAAAAAUGGGGACCUGGGGAGCCGAUUGUUGUUGUUAUUUGCUUUGGCAUGAUAGGGUUCGCUUAAGCUAGUUUUGUAAGCUGUUCUAUAGACUUAGGUAUUCCCAUGUGGUGCAGAAAAAGAAAAAAUUAUUAUUCUCAUUGGUAGAAAAAAUUAAAUCAGACCAGAGAUGCGCAAAAAACAAA